UAACUAAAUUCGACACUCAUUGGGCCCAGUUAUCCAUCUCUUCCCAUAUCCACCAGUGAGCUCCAGCAUGCGUCUAGACUUUACGUCUUGGCGUCGUUUGACUUGAGAACAAACGCACGCAGUUGCGUUUAAAGAAAUCACCUCACCCGUAGAUUUCUCGAAUGAACUGAGAGCAGUAAACAUUGACGUCUGUUGAAUUAAUAUAUUGGCAACACCUACGCCAAAACAGGGAAUGGUCCCCACUGAACCAGUAGUAGGCCCCCCCACCACCACCUGUUGUAUCUCUGACAUGAUUAUAUGGCAUAGAAAUGUCCUAAUAAAAAUAAUCACCUGUGUGCUUUUUCUAACGUGACAUGAAGUUGAAAUCAACAUUUAUCCUUUUGUGCUUCAACAGAAAAUGGCUGUGAACGUUUACUCAACCUCAGUGUGUAGUGACAACUUGAGUCGUCAUGACAUGCUUGCAUGGAUCAACGAAUCGUUACAGAUCAACCUGACUAAGAUAGAGCUGUUAUGUUCAGGUGCGGCCUACUGCCAGUUCAUGGACAUGCUCUUCCCCGGCUGUGUGCCUUUGAAGAAAGUCAAAUUUGCUGCAAAACUAGAGCACGAAUUCAUUCACAACUAUAAGAUCUUGCAAGCUGGCUUCAAAAGAAUGGGUGUCGAAAAAAUCAUCCCUGUUGACAAGUUGAUAAAAAGCAAGUUCCAGGACAACUUUGAGUUUGUGCAGUGGUUCAAGAAGUUCUUUGAUGCCAACUAUGAUGGGAAAGAGUACGACCCUGUGGAGGCUCGCCAGGGCCAAGACUCCAUGUCCAACCCCGCCAUGUUGGCCCUCAACAAGCCCAAGAAAAUCCUCAAUGCUGCACCCCAGCGAGCAGCAGUUGCCAAGGUAGCACCCAAAAUGGCGCCCAGCUUGGCGCGGAGACCAGGGGCUGGCGGAGGUGACGAGGAGCGGGCAGAACUCAUCCAGGAGGUGAAUAUACUGAAGUCCACCAUCCAGGACAUGGAGAAGGAGAGGGACUUUUAUUUUGGCAAACUGAGGAACAUUGAGCUCAUCUGCCAAGAGGAAGGAGAGGGUGAUCCCACACUGCAGAGGAUCGUGGAUAUACUCUACGCCACAGAUGAGGGCUUUGUCAUACCGGACGCUGAGUCAGAGCACCAGGAGGAAUUCUAACGUUCAAGAGUGGAUCAUGCAGCUUUUAAUACAACCCCUCAACCCACCAAACCCCUUCAAUCAGCUACCACAUCUCCAUCCUCGCCCUACUUACAACACCCCCUCCAAAAAAUGUAUCAUGUUAUGUGUUCGUGGUCUCUGAGUGGACUGUAUAUCAAAUGUUUUUUUUUCUGUAAAAUCAAGUUGAAAUAAGUGAAGUGUGUGUGUGUGUGUGUGUGUGUGAAGUACCUCCUCUUCUGAAAGCCCUUCCCUGGGUCAUCCCAUUGGCCCGUAUCAGCAUCAUGUUGGUAGAAGGCAGCCAUUUUGGCUCUAUUUGGGUCCAGAAGAGUGAACUGUCCAUCUGUAAGAUGUCACUUUUUUUGUUUGCUUGUCUUUCCCCUCAAUUUCUGUGUCUGUUCCGGGAAUUGGCGUUACAAGUUCAUUGGAACCUGCACUCACUUUUGUACAUAGUAUUUUUCUUAUUUUACCUGUUUCCUAAAUUAUCACUGUUUUUGCCACGUGUAGCAAUUGUUUUCUGGGUCUGAGCAAAUUCACUUUGAGUUUCUACUUGCUUAAUGUAGUGAUCGUGGGACAUUUUCUUUGCUUUACUAACCAACUGUUCAUAUCCCUCAAACCUAGUUGAGUUCACUACUUUCAUUUGGUCUCCUCCUGUUUGGAUAUUAACCUUUUUUUAAACGGUGCAAUCCUUUUUAUUCCAGGAAAGUGGCAUUUUUUUCUCAAAGAUUCAGGUCAACGCCUCUUAGUGUGGCUGCAAUUCUCGGGACAGCUCAUAACAACCUGACGAUAUUUAUGAAGAAACAUGUUAGAAACUACAAGCUUAUGGUGGAAUACUUUGUGCGUGAUUUAUCUGUUUUGUUUGUCUCUUGGAUGUUGGAAGGCAUGUGCACUGUGGAUGCCAGAAACGCUCUGGUCCCAAGCUUAUCCCAAAUUACCCACUUUUUUUUUUUUGUUGGCAUUUCUCUUGUCUAAAAUUGUUCAGUUGGCAUGGGAUAAAGUUUUAACUUGAUUUAGCACCUCUAGUGUCAAUGCAUCUUCUUAGGGAAUGCAAAAGGUGACUGAUGUUUUUCUAUUUUCUACCUUCAUUUUUAUUUAUUUUUUUACUCCGGUCUUGCAUCUUAAUCUGUUUUGAUUAUGGAGCCACUGCACCAUUGACAGGUUCUAGGCCCAAAACGCUGAUGCGCAAAUAGAACUGCCAGUCUCUGCACUGGAAGAUCAGAGAUUUUCUAAGUUUUAUGAAUUGCCUUAUUCUUAAAUACCUUUCAUAACCUACAUAUGUGACUUUGUACUCUCUUUUUGGCAAAUGUUUGUAAUUCGAUUGAAAGAAUUGUCAUUUCAGAUCUUUUUUUUGUUCUGCUGCUCUGAAUGGCCGUCUAGAGAAUCUGUCAAAUAGAUGUUCAGUUUUCCAGUUAAUACACUGCUCUGACAAAGACCAAUUUACAUUUGUACAUCUUUGAUGGUUCAUUUGAAGUGUUCUGAACUUAUUGGUGUACUUAAUCUAACUCGUGCCACCCAUCUGUUGGCUGAAAUGACCCAGCUGAUUAAUUAGAAGUACAUAACUGUCAAGUCCAAAGUCUUGCCUCCUUGCAGGGCCUGUUAAAUAAUGUGUAUAAUAAAUUGAACAGUAAUGCCA